AUGGCUUACGCACAGUCAAUCUUCAAGCAAUACCUCGGAACUACCAAAGGCGAGGGCUUGCGAAAGGCUUUCUCCACGUUGAAGCGCCGUGGCCUCCAGACAGCCUCAAUCAAAGGCCCAUUCCACCAGUCUCUCGAGGAAGCAAUCUACCAUGUCACCGAAGCCCAUCUUCUUGUUGAAUGGAAACGAGCGGGACAAGUGUCGUCAUUGCGCGAGCUGCAACGCAAGUCCCCGACAGAGCUGAAGAAGAUGGCUACAACAAUAGUAGCUGAGCGAGCAUCCACGGAUGCUCUCAAUAAACUCGCAUUUGAAUGGGAUGACAACAAGGCAGCAAUUGACGAGGGCCUCCGCCAGACGAUUAUGUAUAAUCGGGAUGCAUUGCAGUAUAUCGUGCUUGACGAAGCUAUCAAGAACGGCGACGUCGGCAUGAUGGAGGCACUCUUGCCGACACUACUCUUCCGCUUCAUCGGUGGUGGGAACAAAAAAUACCAGGUUGAAGUCUUGGAAUUGCUCCAGGGACUUGAGCGAGAAUGGACACUAGAAGUGAAGCAGUUUAUUCGUGAAAAUUGUUGGGUCAUCAAUUUUGUCGGUCGUCGCAACUCCCAUGUGCCUAUCGACCAGGCGCAAGAGCAUAACAUCAAGGAUAUCAAGGUAACAUACCGCUCAGAGGGCUUCAAGAUCAACUGGUCGUACUUGAAGAAACUCCAUCCCGCUAUACCAGUCAUUCGAGCUCUCUGCGAACACAUGGAACAUGAGUUCGGGACAGAUACGCGAGGCAAAAAACAUUCCGCACCACGAAAGGACUCAUCAGCAAAAUCGUUUUUUUCUGGGCCGUCUGGGCUAUCUAGCUGA